AUGAAGAAUCAGGAUGCCAGGCGGGACACAGCCCCAGUCCUGAAGAAGAAACGAUGCGGAACUUGCAUAGAUCGUAAAAUCAGCUGCGACCGCCGGUAUCCGCAAUGCUCCAGUUGCGUCCGGUCGAACCGGGCCUGCCAGGGCUACGGGCUCCGUCUGUCCUGGCCCAGGGACGACGACCGGAAACGCCUGAUCAUCAGCCGGAAUCAGUCACCGAUGAAAAACGGUCGCAGAAAUGACUUUUCCUCGGGCUCUUUCCACAUGAUCAACGCGACGACAUGGGAUAUCGAGAUACAUCACCACCUAGCCUCCCCACAUGGUGCUCUCCCAGCUUUGCGAUACUCGCUAUCGUGGUCAGUAUCCGGGCUCUCCGCAACAGAAAGGGACCUUUUCCAAUUUUUUGAGCAGAAGAUAGCUUUCAAGCUAUCGAGCUUCAGUAAUCAACCGCUCGGGCAGACUCUGCUCCGGCUCGCCUCUCUGGACGGCUCCGCUGCUAGCGUUGCGUUGCGACGCGCUUUAAUGGCGGUUUCGUCCCAGUACCGCUACGGGUCAGGGUUGAGGGCGGAAGAACUGAAGCUAUCUGCCAUCCACGCUCUGUCAGCCUCGGCGGCGGGAGGGAUCCAGUCGCAAAGCGCCGUUCAGCAUGUAGCAGCAGGAAUGGUUCUCUGCAUGUUCGAGACUCAGAAAAGCUCGUCUUCCUCAAAUCAGUGGCUUUGUUACCUGUACUCUGCAUGGCGAGUGAUCGAAGGCGUCUCAUUGGAGACGUUUGGCAGAGUCGCUGAGGGACCCAUCAUGUUGGAAUGGGCUUACUAUCACGAAGUGAUGGCGCGUUUCAGCCUACGACACUGGAGAUAUCCUGAAAUUGUGAUGCCAGGUCGCCCUGUAUGCCCAAGUGAAUCAAAGACAUACCUACCGGGAGACGGAGACUGGUGGUAUACCGCCACUGGAAUAAUCCAAUGGCAAAGGCCUAUGGAGCACCAACAGAUGUUUGAGCCCCUCCAUCUUCUAUCAGAAGUCGCUGCCGAGGUCCUUCCAUCGACAGAUCCCGCAAGUCACACAGAAAAAUACAAGGGCAGAAUUGCGCAACUGAAGAGACGAGCCCGGGAUCUCGAGGUACCAACGCCAUCGGACCCCAGGAUACAACGCGCCGCCGCGAAGGCAGAGGUCUUCCGAGCCUCGACACUUGUUUACCUAAGCCGCGCUACGAAUUCGGAUCUGAUCAGGCCGUCGGAACUUUGUCUUCUGGUAGACAGAAGCUUGUCCCUCAUGCAACACAUGAGCCCCUGCGAACGUCCGCUGCCCCUACUCAUUCUCGGCUGCGAGGCGCGGACCGACGUCGAGAGGCUUCGCGUUCUGGACCUGGUAUCCAGCACAGAGAACACACCCCCGGACCGAGAGCUCCAUUACAUCAGGAUAUUGCUGCAUGCCCUGUGGACGCAGGACGAUCUGCAUGCAGAGGAUAAUGUGGAGCCUGAUUACAUGGAAAAGCUGUCGGUCGUUUUCUCAGCUAGCAGCCUGCUUCCGCAUUUUGGUUGA